AUGACCGAUGCAACAGCUGACUUGAUUGUUGCGCAUCUGAGGAUGUGUCUUGCGGAUAUACUGGCGGAAGCGAACACGGAUGAGCGGAUUUUUGGUCUUUCGCCAGAGGAGUGGUCUCAAAUCGCCGUUAACACCUAUAUCCCCGAAGCCGCAUCCAAGCAACUUGAAAUGGCAGUUACGGAAUUCAAAAGACGCUUCGGCGUCAGACAUGUUCUUGUACUCUGCGAUGAGGCGGCCACACUGUUACGGCAGUCGACCGUUGUAGAACUUCCGGCUGUUCAGGAGGGUCUGGAGGGCUCCCAGAGAUGA